AUUUGUUCAAUCUUUCGUCAUCUUUGUUGUUAAUGCUUAUUACCUCUCUGCUACGUCAUUUUUAUGUUGUCGAUGGACCUCUUUUAAUAACAGAAAUUUGGCGCCUUUUGUGACUUGUUAUAUUGACCAAGUGAUAUCACAUUUUCGUAGUCUGCUGUUGAAUUUUGAGGACUGGUAUUUUUUUUCUCAGAGUAGGUAAUUAUCAUGAGCACUCGAGGAGCUCUUAUAGUAAUUGAAGGGUGUGAUUGCAGUGGUAAAUCGGUUCAAUGUAGAAAUAUUUUAGAAUCACUGAAUAAUCAGGGCAUUCCUGCUGAAUUAAUACGAUUUCCUGAUAGAACUACUGAUACUGGUCAUUUAAUUGAUAAAUAUCUGAGAAAUACUGCUGAUCUUCCUGAUCAAGUUAUACACCUACUUUUCUCAGCCAACAGAUGGGAAUUAAGGUCUAAAAUGGAAAAUCUUUUGACGAAUGGCAUUACUUUAGUUGUUGAUCGAUAUUCUUUUUCCGGAGUGGCGUAUUCCUAUGCUAAAAAGAAUGGAAUGAAUUUAGAGUGGUUGAAAUCUCCAGAAAGAGGUCUUCUUAAACCUGAUCUAGUCCUGUUCUUAAAAUUAGAACCAAACGUAAUUAAACAACGAAAAGGUUUUGGAGAAGAAAGGUAUGAGACAUUAGAAUUUCAAGAAGCUGUGUUCAGGUGUUUUGAAUUAUUAACAGAUGAUACUUGGAAGUAUGACUUUGGUGGAAGGAAACCCUAGAACAACUGUUUGCAAACUUGCAGGGAAACUUAACCUUAUCAAAUCGAACGUUGAUGAGCACCUCAAGACGAUUGAAAAGAUAAAAAAGCUUGAAAGUUGUGUACCACACAUCAAAUGAUUACCAAAAAAAAAAAAAAAAACAUUAUGAGGUUUAUGCUACACUUCUUUACCAAAACAAAAACGACCAUUUUCUGUUCAGAAUUGUUAUUUGUGAUGAAAAGUGAAUACUUUACGAUAACAGUAGACAUUCUGUACAACGGCUCGAGCAGCAAAACAUUUUCCAAAGCCCCAACUCAUAAAAAAAAAGGCAAUGGUUGUUACUGUUUGGCCGACUUAAUUUCAAUCCAAUCCUUACAAGCAAUCGAUAACAUUACAGAGGCUGUUACUGUAAUUCCCACUAAAGGAGCUAGAGUUAACCAAGUAUACUUCAUAUUAUUGAAACAUCGAUUGCAACCAGUAUCUCAUAUUGAUCACUGUUUAGUUUUGGUAUAUUAUGAGGUAGGUGUUGGCAGUACUUAUUCAAUAUUCUUACUUUAAAGUAAUUUAAUAAUAAGGUAAAAAAAAUAUCAUUUUUCAAAUAUUAAUUCACUUUAAUUACUUUUUGUACAAUGGAUACACUUAAGGUAAGGUACAAAUGGAAUGAGUUUUACUAAUAAAUAGAAACAUACACAAGGUAUUUGGGAAUAAAAUUAAUAAAUAAAUGGCAAGACAUUUUGGUUCCUUACACUACUUAACAUAGUCAAGCAACAUUUAUGGUAUUAAUAUUAAAAAUCAACAAGGAGGAAAUAUCCUUAAAACAUUGCAAAAUAGUUUCUAGUUUUCUAAAUAAUCAAACUACACUAAAAAAAUAUUCUUGUCCAAGUUACCAAAUCUCACACAAUGGAAUAAUAAUCUACAUUAAGGAGGGGGGAGUUGUUAAAAUAAUUUAACUUUCGUGAUUUUAAACAUUACUGUUCCUAAAUUUUUCUAAUUAAUUUCAAACUUGUGAUGCAUAAUAUAAUAUAUCAAUUGUUUCAUUGAAAUACUUAAUAUAUACAAGAUUAAUAUUAAUAUAUUUCUAUAUUUUUUAUAUAAUUUCUAGAAAAUCAUCUGUGACAAAUAAGUAUUUUAAUACCAUUGACAUGAUUCAGACUUAGCACAGGCUCAUUCAUUCCUUUUUAACUCCCUCUAAUGGAAUACUUUAUAUAAAUAAAAGUAAAAUUAUAGUCUGAACAGAAACUACUUAGCAAGCGAUAUAUACUAGUGCUUGAGCAAUUUCUCUAAGAUGAUUCUGUUGCGAAUAAAUUAUGAAAGACAAAAGGAAAUUAACUAAAAUUUAUACGAGGAAGAUUCAAUGUUUCAGUGUUAAAUAGAUGACAUUGCUUAUCUAUAAAUAAAAAAUGUAGUUUUAUAAAUAAAAGUAAAUUUCAGUAAUAAUAAAAUUCUUCGAUAAUCAACAAAAAUAAAUUAAUGAAAAAUCAAGGAUAUGACCCGUAACAAAAAAUAAUAAUUCAGAAUCUAAAUUGCAAUUUUAGUUAAAAUACUAAGAAGGCAGAUUUUGUCAUGAAGGGUAAUGUCAUUAUCGCUGCUUUUUUCCUUCUUUCUUUUUCUGUUGCUUGGCAGCAGGCUUUCUAUAAUACAUAAAUUGGAACACAAUAAUUCCAUUUCCGAGAGUCGCUAGGAGGUAAGUGAUAAUAAUAAUCACAUCACCAGUCUCCUGAAAGGAUGUGAAGAUUCUUGAGGUUGAACCAAAUAGCAACAUCACACAGGUUGCAGCCGACAGUUGUCCAGUGCCUUUGAUAGAGUAAUUUGAAUAAGCUUGGGCCAACUAA